ACCGACCCACCCGGAGCAAUGGCAUUAAUAUGACACAACACACGUCAACAAUAGAUAGAAUGGGAAACGAUUAAUCUUUAUUAAUCUCGAUUAAAUUACACAACUAAGGACAUCCAGUACAAGAUGAUUGUCGUCUGUUAGGAUCUGAUAAUCAUUUGCUCCCCAGACUUUUUAAAAGAUGGCUAUUUUACCCUGUAUUCUUGCAUUUGCAAUCGAGUUUACCCCGCUUCAGCUCGCGGGUGCAGUAAUCGCGGUCCUUUUCGUUGCUUGGCUAUCCCUAAAACUUCUUCUCCCCACGCGCAGAGUCGGUGAUUACCACAACAAGUACGUACUAGUCACCGGUUGCGACUCGGGCUUCGGUAGAGGUCUAGUCAUUCGCCUGGAUGGUAUGGGUUUCCAUGUGUUCGGCGCGUGUUUGACGCAGCAAGGCAAGCGGGACCUUGAGCAGACUUGUAGUAAACGUACUGUUGGUCUGCUGAUGGACGUCACAAGUCAUGAACAGAUCGUGGAAGCGUUUGAGCAAGUCAAGAGAGUGCUGCCUUCGGGAACAGGUCUGUGGGCGGUGUAUAACAACGCUGGAUUCAUGACUCUCGCCCCCUUGGAGUGGUUCCCGCUUGACGACUACAAGCGCAUGGCAGAUGUGAACCUUUGGGGCCUGGUGGAUGUCACCAAGACUUUCCUUCCACUCGUCAAGAUGGCAAGAGGGAGAGUCGUAAAUGUAUCGAGUAUAGCCGGUAUCGUCGUUGUACCAUCCAUGGCUGCUUAUUCUAUCACCAAAUAUGGAGUAGAAGCUUUUUCCGAUGCUUUGAGACGCGAGAUGUCCCCAUGGGGUGUCCGGGUCAUUAUAAUAGAGCCCGGAGGGUUCAAGACUCCUCUUUGGGACGAACAGAAGAUAGUCAAAAAUUACAAUGACCUAUGGGAGAGGCUCAGCCAUGAAUUAAAAGAAGACUACGGUGAAACGUUUCGCGCUCGUGGUAUAGAGGCGCUACAAGAGUACUACCGGGAGUCUUCCCCGUUUACUCAUAAGGUGAUAGACACGGCUGUAGAUGCGCUCACAUUACGGGACCCACAGCCUCGCUAUCAGGUCAACCUACAGGCACUCAAGUGUGCCGCGCUCUCUGUACUUCCCACGAAGUUGGCAGACGCAAUCUUAGUCAAGAUGGAGAAGAGCAAAGUUAUGCCAAGUGGCGUUGAGCAACAAAAAGGCAGAACGGCAUAGAAAGUAACUGAUAUUCACUGAUGACUUCCUCGCUCAAUGCAAUGAAAAGUUAUGAGAUUUUUUGUUUUUUGGGAAAAAAGGAUUUUCAGUUAUCAUGAGCAACUUUUAUAAAGCAGGUGUAUGUGCAGAACUUCGGAAGGAGAGAGGGGGCACUCCUCUUUUGUGAUGCAAUGUGGGGACAUCGCUAGUGGUUAUCAAAAUCGAGAUGGUAUUUCGCGGUAUAUUGGACAACGGAACUUUGUUAAACAUUUUUAACAUUUCCCAAUAUCGUUGCACAAAGGUACGUGGGCUCUUGGAACAUGAUUGAACAUCGUUGAAAGUUGUAAAGGUUUUUUUGCGCGUGUUUCGGCGGAAGCAGCCCUCGAUGAUAUUUAUCGGGUGUUCAAACUUGAAACGUCAAGACAUUGGCAGUACAAAAUGUGGCAUCAGCAUUGCAGAGGAGGUGACGCAAUAUUCAUGAACAAAAACCAACUUUUACAGGCAUUUAUGUUCCUUUUGCAAUUUAAUAGAAACAUUUAAGCUCGUAUUACGAAAACAUUUGCUUGAGUCGAUCAACAUUUUCUGUUAAACAUCUUAUAAAAUUUCUGACACUAAAAGGUAUCUUUAUGAACUUCAAAAAUACAUAUUGUAUCUUCUACCUCUUUUGACUGGUUUUGGUGAAAUGUUUCUAACCAGUUAUAACUUAGGAAACUCCCUUUCUGUAAAAAGGGGCUAUAUUCUAAUAAAGAAUUUACGGCGUUAUUCAUUAA